CCGGUCCAACCCCGUCUCUUCCUCCUCCUCCCCUUUCUCCUUGUCCUUGGUCCAUUUCCUUCUCAAGACCAAGAGUCUUCACUCUCCAGCAAGCCCUUUCAAAAAAAGAAUCUCCAGCAAGCUUCGUUCUUCUCGGCGACGGGUACGACUUCGGUUCCGGAGCUUCAAGCCAUCCAGGCCAAAAUGGGUUCAGCUGGGGAUGAGUUCACCCCACUGUCUCAGUUAGAAUAUGGAAUGGACAAAUGUAAAGUGCGGGUGCGCGUCUCGCGGCUGUGGGAGUCCUUCAAUCCAAAAGAUGACACUUUGUUCGGCCUUGACUGCCUUCUGAUCGACGAGGGUAAAACUAUGCAGGCGCGUGUAGAACCCGGCGAUAUAGAGUGGUUUGAAGAUCUGCUAGUUGAAGGGAAGGUCUAUGCCUUGUCAGAUUUUCAUGUUGAUUCGCAGAGAGACUACUAUAUGUCCUGUAGCAAUGAGUGGACUAUGUACUUUGGGAGGCAGACGGUGGUCACUGAGAUAGAAGUAGAUAUUGAUUCGAUACCCCUCCACAGCUUUGAGUUUGUGAAAUUUAAGGAUCUCCGUUAUAGGUGUGACGACAACAGCUUAUUGACAGAUGUUCUGGGUCACGUAGUGUAUGCCGGGGAGCUACAGGAAGUCUUGAAAAAAUCACGUGUUAUAGAAAUUUGCAAUGCAAGAAUUCGGGAUUUGAGAGGAAGGGCACUGAGUGUCACACUAUAUGGAGAUAUUGCUUCUGGUUUUGCUGAGGAUAUGCUGGAGAAAGGCCAAGACACCUCACUUGUUGUUGUCUUUGCAGGGAUGUCUGUUACUUCCUCAUCAUCAGUUUGCUCUACAACAUCUUAAAAGUACUAUCUGGAUUUGGAAAUACCAGAGGUGCAAGAAUUCCGUGCGAAUUUGCUCAUUCAGCAGGCAAACCCUGUUCCAGAAAAAACUCCAGCUCAGAAGCUGGCCGAGAGUUGGCGAACAAUCGAACAGCUAAAAAGCCUCGAUCGAGAAGAGUACGAUGAGGAUACCAUGUUUUUGUGCAGAGUCUCCCUGAUAGACAUAGAUUGCACCAGUGGUUGGUGUUAUCUUGGAUGCGACACCUGCCAAAAGUCGAUGUCCAGGGCUCCAAGGAAAUACAGGUGUGCCCGAUGUGGCCCGAUGAUGCCAGUUCAGUGGUACAAGCUGAAGGCGAAGGUGCAGGAUGCUACAGGCGCAAUGAACCUGAUGAUCUUCUGUGAGGUGGCGGAGGAGCUGGUCGGUGUCUCCGCGGAGGAGCUCGUCAAUAAGAUCAAUGACGAUGAUGAGUGGUACACCCUGCCAGAUGAAAUUGAGGAUCUUAUUGGCUCGACGCACACCUUCAAGGUUUUCGACAAGCACAUGGACAGGAGCUUCUCGGUGAGGUCGAUCAUGGACGAUGCUAGCGUCCCAGCCCCUGCUGCCGCCGCUAGUCAAUGCAAGGAGGAGAAGGCUGGCCCUGAGGGGAGCCAGAAGCCUAACAAGCGCCUGCGAGGGGACGACGACUCGAUCAACCUAGAUCUAGGGCUAUAGUGUAUCUAGGGUAAUGCAUCUGAAAGGAUCAGCCAAUGGAGCUUUCUGUUCUCCUUCUUCUACCUGGGAACAACUGCAUCUACUGCUGUGAGUCACUGGAUCUAGUGUUGGUGCUGGGUAAAAGACCAGAACCCGUUUAAUCCUUUUGAACAUUGUUUCCCUUGUUAUCAUGGUUGAUGGAAAAUGGGCUUUAGCCCAUUUUGGUGACCAGAUGCUGUUCGUUGUGGAAUCAAUGGUGCAUGAGGCAAGUUUUCAGAUUUUC